AAUAGGAAAUUGUCCCAUCCUAAUUAACAUCUGGGAGAGCGGGCAGUGAAAGGCUGUUUACCCUGUCUAGUGCCUGGGACAAAUGACAGCUGACCGGAGAGAGAGAGACAGAGAGAGAGAGAGAGAGAGAGAGAGAGAGAGACAGAGAGAGAGAGAGAGAGAGAGAGGCUAGAGAGGGGGAGAGAGAGAGAAAGGAAGAGAUGAGGAAUCAGUUGCAUUCUUGCCACUGGAAGUGCAUCGUAGCUUGAUGAAAAUUAAAGCUCACCAUCUGGAUCAUGACCAUGUUUGGAUAACUGCGCUUCUUUUUCUACCCAAGCUGCCACUCGCCCUCUGAAUCAGAGGGAGGGUGUGCUCCCAUUGUCAUCAUGGGCUGGGCAGCUGUCACGGUGUUGACUAUCAGUUGUUUCACAGCAAACACAGUUCUAUUUCACACAGAUGACCAAGGUGAGAAGAAGCUGCGCUACCUCAUGGAGCCUCCCGUGUACGCCGAGGUCUCUGCCCCGCGUGGGGGGAACGCCACGUUGCCGUGCGUGCUGCAAAGCAAGCCCCCCCACUACCGAAUCAAAUGGGUGAAACUGCAGCCCCACCACCAGGGAGUGGAGAACAUCGUGCUCAUCACCAACGGCAACGCUCAAAAGAACUACGGAGCGCUGGGGCCCAGGGCCUCGCUGAGGGGGGCCCACCCUCUGGACGCCUCCCUCCGCAUCACCAACCUGGAGCUGGAGGACAACGGAAGCUACCGCUGUGAGCUGAUCAACGGGAUCGAGGACGAACGAGUGGAGAUCACUCUGAGUGUCCAAGGAGUCGUUUUUCCAUACCAGAGCAGACACGGUCGCUACAAGUUCACCUUCCCCCAGGCCAAGGCCGCGUGUACAGAACAGGACGCCAUACUGGCCACAUUCAAACAGCUUUACAAAGCUUGGACUGACGGGCUGGACUGGUGCAACGCCGGCUGGCUGAGUGACGGGACCGUUCAUUACCCGAUCCUGCUGUCCCGCCCAGCUUGCGGAGGGGACCUCCUGCCAGGCAUCCGGAGCUACGGCCCACGGCACAAGACCAAGGACCAUUUCGACACUUUCUGCUUCACAUCUGCCACAUCAGGAUCUGUCUUUUUCCUGGCGGGGCCCCUGAACUUUGCUGAGGCGGAGCGGGCGUGUCGGGGUGGCGCGGGGGAGUUGGCGCUGGUCGGGCAGCUGUACGCGGCGUGGCAAUUCCAGGGCCUGGACCGCUGCGACGGGGGCUGGCUUCGGGACGGCAGCGUGCGCUUCCCCAUCACGAACCCCAGGGGGCGCUGUGGAGGUCUGCCCGAGCCCGGGGUGCGCAGCUUUGGCUUCCCGAGCAAGACCCUGCGCCUCUACGGGGCCUACUGCUACAGAUGACACCCGAUGGAGAACUGACAUAAAUGCAGACAAAAACAUUUCCUUCUAAAAACAAAGGAAAUUAAAUGUGUCUAUUCUCAAAGGACAUACACACUGACACACAGAAUGUGUGGUAUUAAAUCCUGAAAGCCAUUCUGCUCUGCACAAAGUCUUCAGGUGUGUUGUUUUCUUCUGUUCAUAACAUGCAACAGUUUGUCAUAAAUCUUGAAGGGUUUUUGUGCACUACGGGAUGCCGCCUUGUCAUUUUGUAUUACAAUGGUAAAAUUAUCCACCGACAAAACCCAAUAGUCUUAAGUGAUUAAUGACAUAAAGUGAUUAAUUGAAUGAAGAGUGAACGUAUAGUGUAGUAAAAUGUCCAACCAUAGUUUCUUUUUAUUUCUGUACAUGGUAUUUUUAAGCCAACAAACUGGGCUUUUAAAAAAUACCUCUGCUAUUCCUGUUUAAAAAAAUAAUAUAUAGACUAAUUAAAACAGCAUUGUAAAAGAGAGAGUAAAACAAUCCAAUAUAUUAGGUGAUAAUGACUAUUUCAGAGUGUUUGAAUGCACUUUAAUGCACUCAGUCAAUAAAGUGCUGCUAAUCCAUUGA